AUGGAAAGUAGAACAUCAGAAGACAUUGAAGAAAUUGAAAAAGAAAUAGAAACUGAGCUAAGCAGAAUCAGUGUUUCUUCCUGUGAGGCAGAUGAUCCAGACACAGAGGUAGCAGAUGAAGCUUUGAGUGACAGCGAGGCAAUUUCAGAUGACUUGCCAGAGUCAGUUCUCUCCUAUUUAAACUUUAUAAAGAGCAGAAAUCAAGAUGCUGAAAAACUCAUACUUCAAGACUUAGAAGAUGAAGAAACUACAAGUAAUGUUCAUGGAGUAGCUUCUUGCCAUGCUUCAGAUUACUUGUCAGAAUUGGCUUCUGAAGAUAAUGAAAAUCCAGAGCAAUUGAAGGAAAGGGUACUGUUUGAAAUUGAAAAUGAAGACCUCCAGAUUGCUACAACACCUAGUUGUGAUGGGAAUGAUAAUGAGGUCACUGAUGACCAUUUUCUUACAGCUGAUCCUGGAAUGAGCAUAAGCCUUACUCAUCGAGAAGCAGAAGAGAAGUCUAGACAAGAAUUAGAGCAGUGGAAGAAAAGACAAAAGGAGCUUGAAGAUGAGAAAAAGAAAAAGUGGAAAGCUGAGAGAGAAGCACAGGAAAAACGGAAUGAAGAGGAGCAUGCAAGAAGGGUGCAACGUCAGGAGGAAUUUGAGGCUGAAAGAAUAAAGUUAGAGCUGCUUCGUAAGAAACACCAAGCAUCAAUAGAAGAUGAGUUACAGAAGGAGAAGAAAGCUUGGAGAGACAAAAUUAUGCAACAUGAGGAAUUGAUCAUGAAGCUGCAGCUGCAAAUGGAAGAGGAGAAAAAGGCCUUGGAAGAGCAAAAAGCAAAAGAAAGACAACACCUGGCAGAACAACAAAGGACAGCAGCUGUGAAAAUCCAAGCCACAUUUAGAUCAUUUUUAGUUCAUAAAAAGUAUGCUCCCAUCUUAAAUGAAUGGAAAGAUGAAAUAAAAAAAAAGCAGAAAAUACUAGGAGAAAUAGAGAAAGAAAUGAAAGAAAAAGAAGAAAAAUUAAAGAGGCGAAUGGAAGAAAAUAGGCAACAGAAAGAAGAGUUGAAGAAGAAACAAGAAGAAUUGGAAAGACAGGAAUAUUUGGAACAGAUGAGGAGACGUGAAGAAUAUGAGAAAAAGAAAGCAAGCCUGAGACCUGAACGAGAAAAACAGCUGCAAAUAAGAAGAGAUGAACAGAGGAGACUAGGAGAAAAAAGUGUGAAAACUGUCAUGAGCAAAAGUGAAGAAAAUAACCAAGAAAACACAAAAGAGGAUAAGCCAAUAGAAAACACAGAAGUAGUAGAGCAGAAGAAGGAACUGAAUAUGCAAACAGAGGAAGAAAAAGAGAAACAGACUGAAGUGAUGGAUGAAACAAAUAGUUGGAUGCUUCCAGCAGGAAGAAAUUUGACACCAAGACCAAAUGAACUAGACUCUGAGAAGGAGGAACACGCUUCUCAAGUAAAUAAUGAGAGCAUGUAUACGAAUUCAGUAACACAUGUAGAAGAAAAUUACUUACAAACUAGAGACCUUAAUAAAGCUCCAAGUAGUCCUGCUUCAAAGGAUGAAUCUGUUAAUUUUGGAGCCAGUGACAUGGUAGAAAAUAAGGCAAACAAUAUGUGCAGCAGCCCCCCAAAUAUCAAGCCAGAUGCUAGUUGUAGCAAAAUCAAAGACCAAUUUUCUCAGUCUGAAACAAGGAAGAAUGCUGUGUUUCUAGUGGAAGAUGCUAAUGAAGAAGUCAGAGAGACCUGGGACAUAAUUCAAGAUGUAGAGGAGUGUUCCAGCAGAAUAAUUCUUCCUGAUGAUAUUGAAAAGAAGAGAAUAAACUGGAUGAACACAUGUAAAUCUUGGUCUAAAAUACAGGAAGAAAACCAAAGAAAGCAAGUAACUAAAAAGAAACGACCAAGGAAAAGUUCAGGACACAAGAUGCCCCCAUUAAGUACACAAAAGAUAAUUCAUAGUGGCCCUUGGAGUACUCUGCAGCAGGUGACAACACUUACACUUGAAGAUUUACCAGCUUGUAGUCUCUCAACAUUAUCUCAGUGUUCAAGUCUUCAAGUUUUGACUCUGAGGCGCUGUGGACUUGUAGCACUGGAAGGACUAAGUAACUGCAAAGACCUGAAGUAUAUCAAUGUGGAGGAAAACAACAUUCAGAUAAUUGACUGUGACCAUCUAGAAAAUCUCUGUGUUCUGAUUCUGAAUAAAAAUCAUCUUACAUCAGUUUGUGGCUUAGAUGACUGCAUAAAUCUGCAAAAUCUUGAACUUUCCUACAACAGAAUCACUCAAAUUGGUGGUCUGGAAGCAUUGAAAAAUCUUCAGCAAUUAAUUUUGGACCAUAAUCAGUUAAUCAGCACAAAAGGUCUUUGUGAGGCACCUACUCUCAUUCACCUGGACUGCUCUUUUAAUCUUCUCACCCAAGUUGAAGGCAUUGAGAACUGUGGCCUACUUCAGAUUCUGAAGUUGCAAGGCAAUAACCUGCAGGAGCUUCCAAGACUGGAAAAUCAUGUUCUCCUAAGAGAACUCUAUUUGGAUGACAAUAGCAUUUCUGCUGUCGGAAUGCUUUCUUUGUAUUGGUUGCCUCUAUUGCAGAUUCUUUUGCUAUCUCAAAACAGUUUAACUGAGCUUGUGCCUUUAAACUCAUUGAUAUCUUUGGAAAAGCUGGAUAUUGAAAAUAACUGCUUGUCAGACCUUAAAGGUGUCAUUACAUGGCUAAGUGGCUGUCAUAAACUAAAGGAGUUGUCACUCAGAGGAAAUCCUCUUCUCCAAGAAAGGAGUUGGAGGACUUCUUUGUGUGAAGUGCUUCCUAAUUUACAGUUUCUUGAUGGUGAAAUCUUAAACUCUCAUACUUUAUCCAAGACCAAAACAAUUGAAGGAUCAGAAUCAAGAAUGUUUCAGGAACUUUGUCAAGUUCAAAUUGAAGAAAAUGUUCGACUGAAGGAAGAGGCUGCUCAACUAGGGGUUGCCUCUUCUGUUGAAUCUGCAGAGGGACAAUGCUGCUACUUUAAGCAGCUGAUGAAACUUAGCGUUAAGCAUCGCUGUGAGCACGAGCACGGGGAACUGAACAUUACUGACAGAGAUGGACCAGAAGCACUGCAAAAUCAUUUAAAGCAAACAUCCACUGGCUGCCUACAGGAAAAUAACCUCUUUAUCAUGGGUGUGACAGAAAAUAAACAGGUCUCGUUGGAUCCUUCCGAAAGAUGGAUUACUGCUGGCUGUAUUCGGGCCACAUCCAUUAACUCCUCCAUACCUGUGCACCAAAAGGAAAAUAAAGAAGAUCAGAGGGUGAAGGAGAAGAGCAUUGAAUCGUGUAUUAAUUACAGUGGGGAGAGCAAAGGCAACAAUAACUUGUCAGCCCAGCUCAUGGUGCAACAGUCAGUGGUAGCAGCAAGGAAUACAGGAAGGGAUCUUCAGCAUUUUGAGUGUGAUACAGAAAGGCUGCAUAUGGCAGCAUCCACGAUCCAGUCCUUUUGGCAGCAGUACCAGGCCAAGAGGAAAACUGACCACAGCAAAACAGAGAAUCCUUGCUCUAUAGAACCUCUGAGACAGAAGCAUGAAGCUGCCACACUAAUCCAGGCAUUUUGGAAGGGUUUUCUUUUGCGAAAGAAACUGGCCAGUGCUCUUGCAGCUGUUAAAAGUGACGAAGUGGAGGAUGACUAUGAAGAAAUAGAGGUGGCUGAUUUUACAUUUUCUGAAACUGCAUUAGAGAGGGAAUGGCUAACUCUAGGUUCCACCCGUUUCCCUUCAAAAACACUCCUGCUCUCAAACCAGCUGCUCUGGCCAAAGAAAUAUUCUGGGCCUUCAAAUUGCAGUGAAUGUUCAAAUAGUUUGCCAUUGUCAGCACAAGAAGUUUGGCAGUGGGUUAACAGACCACAUUCAGCACAAAAUAUCCACUUUCACAGCAGGUCAGAGAAGGCAACAAUAUCACAGCUUUGUGACUGGAAAGAAAAUGAGAAAUCUUCCUUCAUACCUGAAAAAGAAGAGCAAAUUUCAGCAGAAUGGGGCUUUAAGGAUAUUUCUACUGCACAGCUAAUGCUGAAGAGGGCCCAGAAAAUGAAGCCUAAAAAGCAUGGUGAUAAAAAUUCCAACCCAGCUGUGCGCCUGGCGUUGUUCAGAAAAAAUGAAAAUAAAUAUCUCCCUGUGAAACCACCAAGGAAGACACAGCCUAUAAAUGCUGGGUACUUUGAAGGUGAAAAAGAAGAAUUUUCUCAGCUGGCUAUUCCUUUAGAUGAGAAAUUACAAAGGAGAAAUGACUUUACAUACCAAUGGCUUCAUACACAGGUUUUGGAUUAUGAAACAGCCAGCUCCAAAGAUGUGAAGUGCUGUCGUUUCUUGCCUGAGUUAGAUCCUGCGAUACGUGACAGUAGACAAGUACAACUUGUGGCAAGCCCUGUAAGCAGAGAAGACACGGAUUUAGACCUCGUUUCCAUGGCCAGUGGAAGUGCUUUGACUGCAAACAGAGAAAAAAACAAGCAGCCACACAGAGACUCAGCAAGAUCUUCAAAAAAGAACAUAUCCCCUCCAGAGAAGUUGUGUCUGGGUCCAUCUCGUAGAGAACGGAUAUCGUUUCGGGACCAUCCAGUACAGCUCAGCGGAGGAUGGGGAGCAGGCAAAAAAAAAGAUCUCCUGGAGAACCUGCACUUCUGUGAAAACUACCGAGGGGACGAGCGAGGAGGCUUCGUGCCGCUGGAGCCAGCGUCGGUCCGGGGAGCGGCAGCGCUGCGGCCCCGCUCCGGAGGAGCACGGAGCCACAUCUCUGUCUCUGUGACCGUUUCCUAUUCUACGAGCAACGACUUCGUUCUUUGUUGCGUGUUCAGCCCCAUUGAUUUCGGUAAUGGCUUGGGAGGUUGUUGCAGCUCGGCCGUGUGCCAGGUUAAACUCAGAGCCUCGACCAGGGCGGUGCAAGAAGGACUUCUCCCUGGUCUGGAGGGAUGCACUGGCCGUGAUGCCCAGUGGCCCAGGGGGCGACCCGCUUUCUCUUCACGGGUUCUUCUUGCCCUGCGAGCAGGAGGUGAGCGGGAUGGAGCGGGCGGGGUAAGAUUUGGCUUUCACAGAGGAGAUCCAGCCGCUUGCAUCUCGGCUAGUUCUGUCAGCAGUUUUGUCCCCUCGGAAGGGCAGGUGGGACAGACGUCUCCCCCAGCAGCCGUGCCCAUCUCCGGCUGCAGGCGGAGGAAGGCUGUGCCUGCCUUUCCGAUGAUCCCGAGGGGAAAGCCGGAUUCUACUCUUAUUCGAAAUGCAGAGCAGAAAAGUCGGAUCCGAGCAGCACGUUUAGGAGCAGAUCUCUUCCUCCUGGUGAACAACAACUGCCCUUUAGCAAGAAAGUUCGUUAAACGGGGUUCGGAUCGAGACCUUUUUGCAGCUGGGCUGCGGAACGCGAAGUACACACACUCCUUUAGGCAUACGGAUAUCCCUCCGUCCCCUCGCGGCUGUCGCUACACUUCUUGCCCUACUUCCAGCCCUCAGCCGACCCUCACUGCGGAGGACAUUCCCCAGCGGGAACACCCAACUCUCGUCUUCAUAGCUUCCCAUUCCAUUUUCCCGGAUAAGUGCAGUGUGCGUAUGUGUAAGGAAGCGAAUAACACACCCCAAAUUCGUUUAGCCCAGUCCCAGGAAGGAGAGGAAUGCGAGGGCGGAGGGGGGGAAGGUAGCCCGCCUUCCCCGCAGGAGAGACCCGCGGGUGCCGAGGCGGGCAUCCCCCCGCCGUGUGCGUGCCCGGCUUAUCGCAGGGGACAAGCGUCCCCCCAGGAGUUCCUACGCACUGCAGGGGCGAGCUCCUUCACACCACCUCUGGCCACGAAAUGUCUCUCCAUCACACAUAACACCCUUUCACAGAAGGUUUAG